ACGUCAUUACGUCAGAGACAACGACCGGCGCUUCGGAACCGAGUCGCUGAGGAGCGAGUCCGUCCAGUUCUCUACCCUGACAGGGCGGCAGAGAGAGACCUCUCAGCCUGGCGCUCCGAGAAAUGGCGCUAAAGACCGUGCUGAUCAUCUAUGCCCAUCACAGUCCAAGUUCAUUUAACGCCGCUGCGAAGGAUGUGGCUAUGCAGACGCUCACUGCACAGGGCUUUAAAGUCAUUGUGUCUGACCUCUAUGCCAUGAACUUCCGUUCCUCAGCAACAGCGGCGGAUAUCAAAAGUAACCUGAAGAACCCUGAACACUUCCUGUACGGUGAUGAGACUUUUAUUGCCUGGAAGGAGGAUAGACUGAGUGAUGACAUCAAAGAAGAGCAGCGCAAGGUGGCUGAGGCUGAUCUCAUCAUCUUUCAGUUCCCACUCUACUGGUUUACUGUUCCUGCUAUAAUGAAAGGUUGGAUGGAGCGAGUGCUAACUCAAGGGUUCGCCUACACUCUGGAGAGCAUAUAUGACAAUGGCAUUCUUAAGGAUAAAAAGGCUGUGCUGUCAUUCACUACUGGAGGAAUGGAGUCUAUGUACCUCCCUGAUGGCCUCAAUGGAGACAUCAAUGUUAUGCUAUGGCCCCUACAGAACGGAGUUCUGCGCUUCUGUGGUUUUCAGGUUCUGGCCCCGCAGAUCUUCUGGUGUGUUGCAGAUGCACCGCCCUCUGAGAGAACAGCUAUGCUAGAGGCAUGGCAGGCCAGACUGAAAGGAAUGCUGGAUGAACAGCCUCUGUCGUUUGCUCCCACUAAGCUCUUUGACCUCAGCGUCCAGGGAGGGUUCCGACUGUGUUCAGAUAUGAAAGAGGCGUAUGCCUCUCAACCCUACGGCCUCACCACAGGGCAGCACCUUGGUAAACCGCUCCCUCCAAACAACCAGAUGAAGGCUUCUCCACAUGACAACCAUUAGAGGCACCCUCACAAAAGGAUGCCUAACAACCGAAUCAAGCCUGAAGUUUGAGUUUAUCGCUGAGUCAUUAUGAAAUGGCUCUUUGCACUAAUGCUGAAAUGUGAUGACGUAUCCAAGUGUACUUAAAUGUAAAUCCAGAUUUACAUGCACUCAAAUCUAAGUUUAACCUCUUUCUGUAUCUACAAUAUUUCAACCUUUGUGGCAGAUCUGUAUGUUUUCAAUAGCUCUAACUGUCAAUUCUUUAAUCGUUGAAGAUGUU